AUGAGGAGCGCGUUCAAGGACGAGCACACGUUCGAGAAGCGCUCGGCUGAAGCGACCCGCAUACGAAGCAAAUACAGCGACCGCAUCCCAGUCAUCUGCGAAAAGGUCGAGAAGUCGGACAUCGCGACCAUCGACAAGAAGAAGUACCUCGUCCCCGCCGACCUCACUGUCGGCCAGUUCGUCUACGUCAUCCGCAAGCGCAUCAAGUUGUCGCCCGAGAAGGCCAUCUUCAUCUUCGUCGACGAGGUCCUGCCGCCCACCGCUGCGCUCAUGAGCUCCAUUUACGAGGAGCACAAGGAUGAGGAUGGGUUUCUUUAUAUCACCUACUCCGGCGAGAACACCUUCGGCGAGGCAUAG